ACCAAACAGAGGUGGCGGCGGCGGCGCCUGUCAACCCCAGUUCGGUUCCCCGGUUCUCUCCCCUUGUCCGGUUCUCCGGUCCCCGCCGAUAUGUUCUCCGUGACUCAGCCCGCUGGGGGUGUGCUGCUAGCUGCUCUUGGCCUGGUGGUGCCCCGCCUGUCCUUCGCCUGUCUGUCGGUCCCUGACAUCCCGCACAUCGCCCCGUACUUCGGCACCAAGACCCGGUACGAGGAGGUGAACCCGCACCUGCUGCGGGACCCGCUGUCCGCUGACCCGUCCGUACUGAGACCGCCGCCGGCCGAGCGCUGCUCCCCGGUCCACCUCACCGCCGUCAUCCGGCACGGCAGCCGCUACCCGACCGUCAAGAACAUCCGCAGGAUCCAGAAACUGAGCGAGCUGGUCCGGACCGAAGCUUCCAGAAGCUCCGGCGGCUCCGAGGAAUGGAUACAGGACAUCCAGAGCCGCUGGGAGGCCUGGUACACCGAGGACAUGGACGGUCAGUUGGUGGCAAAGGGCCGGGAUGACCUGCGUCAGCUGGCAAGCCGCCUGGCGUCCUUGUUUCCAUCUCUACUGUCCGAGGAGAACGUGAAGAAUAGGAGGGUGCGUUUCUUGACCAGCUCGAAGCAUCGCUGCGUAAGCAGCGUGGAGGCUUUUCAAGAGGGGCUGCAGCGCCACUGGGGGCACCCUGACACCGAGCCAGAGUAUAGCCACAAGGUGGAUGACGAGCUGAUGCGUUUCUUUGAGCGCUGUCGUGGCUACGUGGAGGGUGUGGAGAACAACCACACAGCGCUGCUGGAAGUGGAGAAGUUCAAGCACGGCAAGGAGAUGGAGGGAGUGAGGAGAAGGAUGGCUGACAGGCUGGGCCUUCCUCACCACCGACUCACACCAGAUCUGGUGGAAGCGGCCUUCUUCUUGUGCUCCUAUGAGCUCUCCAUCAGGUCCGUGCACUCACCAUGGUGUUUCCUCUUCAACGAGACUGACGCAAAGGUGUUGGAGUACAAGUCAGACCUGAAGCAGUACUGGAAGCGUGCUUACGGCCACGAGAUCAGUAGCCUGUCCAGCUGUCCGCUCUUUCAUCACGUUUUCAGGACACUUGACAAAGCCGGACGUCCUCGCAGGUCCACUGAGGCGUCCCCAGAGCCAGCCUCUGUCCUGGUGGGUCAUGCUGAGACACUCCUCCCCCUCCUCUCUCUACUGGGACUCUACAAAGACCAGACUCCUCCCACUGCCAGCAACUACCCGUCACAGCAUGGUCGGCGUUUCCAGACAAGUCAGAUCGUCCCGUAUGCCGCCAACCUGCUUUUUGUUCUGUACGACUGCCAGCGAGGCCCGCGGCUGCAGCUGCUCAUCAACGAGUCUCCAGUUCGAUUCCCCGGGCUGGAGGAGGAUGCACCGCUGUACCGGGAUGUACGGGCCACGUACCGCCAUCUACUGGACGGCUGCGACUUCCACAGAGAGUGUGAGGGGAGGGCGGUGGGCCGAGCACCCAACACGGAGCUCUGAGAGUGACAGGUGCAACACACCUGCUGACCUGUGCACACUGGAGCCCCGCCUCUGACAGUGAGCGUCCAAUCAUACACUAGAUAAAUGAAUGGGAGAAUUUAUCCAGGUUCAGAUGUUUGAAUCAAGAGCCUCAGAGUGUUCUACGGACUUCAGGAAACUUUUUUUUGACUGAAUCAAGGUGUUUUCAGAGCGUCAUGUGACUGAGCCUUGACCUGAGUACUGAGUGACAGGCUCACCGUGGCAAUGACCAUCUUUUAUAUCCAGUCUGUGGUCUUGCAGACAUUUAAAAACGUUCCUGAGGGCGGCUGGAUUAUUCCCGAUCAUCAGAUUUGUUUCUUGGUUUCAGUUCAGCUUGUGUGUGAAAAUGUUGGGCUUUGGUUUAGUUUGACUCUGUGGUCAGUAUAAAGUUGGGGGGCAAAGUUCAGUCAAACUUAAUUUCUGUGGUCAGCAGGAAGGGCAAAGGUUAAAAGUGCUGAUGGGUGAAAUGUGGUGCUUCCUGUUUGAAUUUUUGUGUUUGAUGAACUGAACCUUUAAUAUCAGAGCUUUAAGUUUAAUUUAUUCAGAUUUUUCUGUUUGAUUUUCUGCUUUUUCUGCUAGGACUUUCACAAUGUCUUUUUUUAUACUGUGAGUCCAGGUGGGGUUGCUGGGCUGAGAUCUGAAUCAUUUUGUGUUCAGGAUGAAAAAUGUUAUUUUAUUUCAGCUUUGUGCCAAAAUCAGAACUUUUGGGGUGUUUUUUUUUUACUAUUUCUUUUGUUUCUCAUCCAAAUGUUUUUCAUUUGAAGCUUUAAUAAAGUUAUUUUUCA